CCCUUGCUAUGCUGACGCUUUUCUAUAUACAGAUUGGAACCCAGGUUGUCGAAGGCGCCACGGCUGUUUCUCAGCUACUCAAAGUCCCCUGAGCCAUUAACACUAGAGCAUUCCAAAAUACUGUGCCCACGGGGGCUGCAGCAGCUUCCCAACAAAACGGCAGUCUCCAGGCUGACUUUACAAACGAGCACGUGGUGACGCUCGAGUCCGAGAGCCAGGGAAAGAGGAUACUAUGCCGGUGACUCUGCAAACCGCCAAGUCGUUAGACCUAGUUGAGUUAGCUUUGCGCUGCCUCCUAGACGCCCUUAACGAACGCUUCAGCUGUAAAGCUCUGGAAUCCGCCCCUGUUUUUCUUUAAACCCGACACCACCACAGACUAUACCCCAGCGCCCUAGCCUUUCCGAUUGGCCCUUUUGGCCUCCACUCGGACACUAGUGACUUUUUUCCUGGUGCAUGCGCGUCAAUUGCUUCCGGCCGUGGUGCUCGGUGUACCGGCUUUUGCCGCCCGGGUGGAACUUUUACCCAGCUUCGCUCGGCCUAGGUUCCUCCUUGUGCAAUGGCUUGGGACUCAGGUUCCCUUCCCGAAGGACCUCUCUUAAGGCUCCUACCCUUAGACUCUAGGGAUCGGGGCACCCAGCGCUGUCGCCUGGGCCCCGCAGCCUUCCGAGCCUUGGGCGCGCACUUGGGCUCGGCGGUGAAGAUCUCGCUGCCUGACGGCGGCUCCUGCCUUUGCACCGCCUGGCCGCGGCGGGACGGAGCUGACGGGUUUGUACAAUUGGAUGCGAAGUGUGCGAGCCCCGGGUGCGCAGUCGGCGCGCCGGGGUUCCAAGGGAGUCUCAGCCUGAGCCACCUCCGCCUGGUGCCCUGCCCGCCUCUUCGGCGCCUCACUGUGUGGCCGGAGUUGCGUGAGCGGGCCGGCGCGCCCGGUGCUCCAAAUCCAGCCGCGGUGUUGGAGGCAGCACAUGAGCUUUUGCGGAACCGGCCAGUCUCCCAGGGCCACGUGGUGGCCUGCAGCCCCGGCAUCCCCGGCCCCGUGGCCGCCCUGCACAUCGUCAGCGGGGUGCCUAGUCCGGAUCCCGCUGGGCUGGUCACUCCUCACACCCUCAUCGGCCUCAGCGAGGUGCCUCUGUCGGAAGCGCAGUCGCAGCCCGAGGUGCCUUUGGGGGGUCUUUCGGAGGCGGCCGACUCGCUGCGAGAGCUCCUCUGCCUGCCGCUCCGCUAUCCCCGCGCCCUGGCCACGCUGGGGCUAGCAGUGCCCCGCGGGGUGCUCCUGGCGGGUCCCCCCGGAGUGGGCAAGACCCAGCUAGUGCGGGCUGUGGUCCGGGAGGCGGGCGCGGAGCUGCUGGCAGUGAGCGCCCCAGCUCUGCAGGGCGCCCGGCCCGGGGAGACUGAGGAGAACGUGCGGCGGGUUUUCCAACGCGCCCAGGAGCUGGCCAGCCGCAGGCCCACUCUCCUCUUCCUGGACGAGGUAGACGCUCUGUGCCCGCGGCGGGGCGGCCCACACCAAGCUCCGGAGAGCCGCGUGGUGGCCCAGGUGUUGACGCUGCUAGACGGCUUCGGCGGGGACCGCGAGAUGGUGGUGGUGGGAUCCACCAACCGUCCGGACGCGCUAGACCCAGCGCUGCGCAGACCUGGAAGAUUUGACCGAGAGGUUGUCAUUGGGACUCCCACACUUAAACAAAGAAAUGAGAUUCUGCAGGUUAUUACCUCAGAGAUGCCCAUCUCUCCUCAAGUCAACUUGAGCCUCCUUGCAGAAAUGACAGUCGGCUACGUUGGCGCAGACCUGAUAGCACUCUGUAGGGAGGCCGCCAUGCAUGCUCUGCUUCAUGGGGAGAAGAACAAGGACAAGCCGAUGAUCGAUGAAACAGACUUCCUUGAAGCUUUUAAAAAGAUUCAGCCCUCAUCAUUUCGAAGUGUCAUUGGGCUGAUGGACAUCAAACCUGUUGGCUGGGAGCAGAUUGGUGGCCUUGAAGAUGUAAAACUGAAGUUAAGGCAGAGCAUUGAAUGGCCUCUGAAAUUCCCCCACGAAUUUGUUAGGAUGGGCCUGCCACCACCAAAGGGCGUUCUCCUCUGCGGCCCCCCUGGAUGUGCGAAAACCACCCUGGUGCGGGCCCUGGCCACCAGCUGCCGGUGCUCUUUGGUUUCUGUGAGCGGAGCUGAUCUCUUUUCACCUUUUGUUGGAGAUUCAGAAAAAGUCUUGUCUCAGGUAUUUCGACAAGCAAGAGCAAAUACUCCAGCAAUUGUGUUUUUGGAUGAAAUUGAUUCAAUCCUGGGCGCCCGAUCAAUCAGCAGCACAGGAUGUGAUGUUCAAGAGCGUGUUCUUUCUGUUCUCCUGAACGAAUUAGAUGGUGUUGGACUGAAAACUAUAGAGAGAAGAGGAAGUAAAUCAGAUCAACAGGAGUUUCAGGAAGUUUUUAAUCGAAAUGUCAUGAUUGUUGCGGCAACAAAUAGACCGGAUGUGUUAGACGAUGCCCUGCUACGGCCUGGAAGGCUGGACAAGAUUAUUUGUAUCCCACCUCCCGAUGCAGAGGGCAGGCUUUCCAUUUUGAAAGUCUGUGCCGAAAAGAUGCCGGUGGGGCCUGAUGUUUCCUUAGAAAGCCUAGCCGCAGAAACCCGCUUUUUCUCUGGGGCUGAUCUUGGAAACCUCUGCAAAGAAGCUGCCUUGCUGGCUCUGCAAGAAAAUGGACUAGAAGCAACCACUGUGAAACAAGAGCACUUUCUAAAAUCACUUCAGAUUGUAAAGCCGUCCUUAAGUCACAAGGAUUUGACUUUAUAUAAAAACUUAUUUCAGAAACAAGGAUUUUCUAAUUUAGAGGAUAUUUAAGAAGUAUAUACCUGCUCAAGAAUUAAUUGAAAUGUGAACUUGAACUAUAGUUUGCAAUUUCACAGUCUUAGAGUGUGUACAUAUGUUAUUUCUUGUAAAUAAAACAAAUUUGUGCCUGAUAAGCCAAGAUUUAUCCUAUUUCUAAAAGGUGUGUUAAAAUACCGUAAUUUAGGAAGAAGGUAUAUGUAUGUGUGUUGAUUAUG